AUCGCUCUCAUGUACAAAACAUUUACUUGGCUCUUCCUCGGUCCCCAGGCCUGCACUCAGUCCCUCUCUGUCUCUCUCUUGAUGUGGUACAGAAGCUUGUCUUUUUCUUGCUUUUUUCCAUUCCCUAUCAAGAAAAUUUUCUCUCUCUAGAGCUGCGGACACCUUGUGUAAAACCACCACCUUAUACAACAACUGAUACGUGUCGGAUAUCUUUCAAUGAAGGGCUUACCGAAACAUGAGCGCCGAUGGGCCUCCGAUUCCGUUCCCGGCAAGGAAACGUUCAGCGCCGGAACGUCUCCCGGUACUGACUUCAAUCCUUCUGAAGAGUUCGUUGAAGUCACGCUUGAUUUGCAGGAUGAUGACACUAUUGUCCUCCGGAGUGUCGAGCCGGCCACGGUUAUUAACAUCGAAGAUGGAAGUGGAGUCGCCUCAGCUGGAGCUGAAACUCCAGUUUCUGCGUCUGCAUCGGCGUCGAGAUCGCCGACGAUCAGGCGGAGUUCGUCGAAUAAGUUUCUACAGUUCUCGCAGGAGUUGAAGGCGGAGGCGGUGGCCAAAGCUAAGCAGUUUUCGCAGGAGUUGAAAGCAGAGCUGAGGAGGUUUUCUUGGAGCCAUGGACACGCUUCGAAGGUGUUGUCGGCUUCUCCGAGCAAUGAUGGAGUUGGAAGUGGAUUUGAGUCGGCUUUGGCUGCUCGAGCUUUGAGAAAGCAGCGAGCACAGCUGGACCGGACUCGUUCCGGUGCUCAAAAAGCGCUGCGUGGAUUGAGGUUUAUAAGUAACAGUAAAAGCAACGGUGUAGAUGCAUGGAACGAAGUUCAAAGCAAUUUUGAGAAGCUUGCCAAAGACGGUUAUCUUUAUCGCGCCGAUUUUGCCCAAUGCAUAGGUAUGAGAGAUUCCAGGGAGUUUGCUCUUGAACUCUUCGAUGCAUUGGGUAGGAGACGGAGGUUGAAAGUGGACAAGAUUACCAGAGACGAGCUUUACGAGUUUUGGUCACAAAUCACCGAUCAAAGCUUCGAUUCUCGUCUCCAGAUCUUCUUCGACAUGGUGGACAAGAAUGAUGAUGGAAGAAUCACGGAAGAAGAAGUUAAAGAGAUUAUCAUGCUAAGUGCAUCUGCAAACAAGUUGUCAAGAUUAAAGGAACAAGCAGAGGAGUACGCAGCUUUGAUAAUGGAAGAGUUGGAUCCUGAAAGACUUGGCUACAUUGAGCUAUGGCAAUUGGAGACGCUUCUUCUCCAAAAGGACACGUAUCUCAGCUAUAGUCAAGCGCUAAGCUACACCAGCCAGGCUUUGAGCCAAAACUUACAAGGACUAAGAAAGAGAGGCCCAAUAAGGAGGUUAAGCGGGCAGCUAAUCUACUUUUUACAAGAGAAUUGGAGGAGAAUUUGGGUUUUAGCACUAUGGGUUUUGAUAAUGAUCGGCUUGUUCACAUGGAAAUUCAUCCAAUACAAGCAAAAAAAUGCUUUCAAAGUCAUGGGUUAUUGUCUCCUAACAGCUAAAGGUGCAGCAGAGACAUUGAAGCUCAACAUGGCUCUCAUUCUCUUGCCAGUGUGUAGAAAUACAAUAACCUGGCUCAGAUCCACAAGAUUAGGUUACUUCGUGCCCUUCGACGACAACAUUAAUUUUCACAAGACUAUUGCAGCCGCAAUUGUAAUUGGUGUCAUUCUCCAUGCUGGAAACCACCUUGCUUGUGAUUUUCCGAGGCUGAUAAAUUCAUCUGAUCAAGAAUAUCAGAGUUAUUUGCAUGAUGACUUUGGAGGACAUAAACCCAGUUAUGCUAAAUUGGCUAGAGGGGCUGAGGGCGUGACUGGAAUUUUAAUGGUUAUCUUUAUGGCAAUUGCAUUUACGCUUGCAACGCGGUGGUUCAGGCGGAGCCUCAUUAAGUUUCCAAAACCCUUUGAUAGGCUCACUGGGUUCAAUGCAUUCUGGUAUUCACACCACCUAUUUGUCCUUGUCUACAUCCUGCUCAUCAUCCAUGGUGUAUUCCUCUAUCUAGUGCAUAGAUGGUACCUAAAGACGACAUGGAUGUAUCUUGCUGUUCCAGUUUUAUUAUACGCCGGUGAAAGAGCACUGAGAUUUUUUCGUUCUGGCUUCUAUACCGUCCAGCUUCGGAAGGUUGCAAUUUAUCCUGGUAAUGUCCUCACAUUGCAAAUGUCAAAGCCUUCCCAGUUUCGAUACAAGAGUGGGCAGUACAUGUUCGUCCAGUGCCCUGCUGUUUCUCCAUUCGAGUGGCAUCCAUUUUCCAUUACCUCCGCUCCUGGUGAUGACUAUCUUAGUGUUCACAUUCGGCAGCUAGGUGACUGGACCCAAGAACUUAAAAGGGUAUUCUCAGAGGUCUGCGAACGUCCUGUAGCUGGGAAGAGUGGACUUCUCAGGGCUGAUGAAACAACCAAAAAAUGUUUGCCAAAGCUCUUAAUAGAUGGCCCCUAUGGCGCCCCAGCACAAGACUACCGGAAAUACGAUGUGCUGUUACUAGUUGGUCUUGGAAUUGGAGCAACUCCUUUUAUCAGCAUUCUAAAAGAUUUGCUCAAUAACAUUGUCAAAAUGGAGGAGCAGGCAGAUUUGGGAUCAGAUAUCAGUAGGACAUCAGAUUUAAGUGUUGGAAGUAAUGAUGCUUCGACUCAUAAUAGAACCUCUCCAAAACGAAAGAAGACUCUGAGGACUACCAAUGCUUAUUUCUAUUGGGUAACUAGGGAACAAGGUUCCUUUGAUUGGUUCAAAGGGGUCAUGAAUGAAGUCGCAGACAUUGAUCAAAGGGGUGUGAUUGAAAUGCACAAUUACUUGACCAGUGUUUAUGAAGAAGGUGACGCCCGUUCAGCCCUCAUUACCAUGGUCCAAGCCCUAAACCAUGCAAAGAACGGCGUGGACAUUGUUUCUGGCACAAGGGUACGAACCCAUUUUGCAAGGCCUAAUUGGAAGAAGGUUCUCUCUAAAUUAUGUUCCAAGCACUGUAAUGCAAGGAUAGGUGUUUUUUACUGUGGUGCGCCUGUCUUGGCUAAAGAACUCAGCAAGCUCUGCUAUGAGUUCAAUCAAAAAGGUUCCACCAAGUUUGAGUUCCACAAAGAGCAUUUCUAAAUUCUAAAGAGAAAAUUGGGUUGCGUAUAUAACUUUAGUUUACGACCCUCUUCCCUCAAUUCUUAACAACUCCACCUGCACAAUAAGAAUUUCUGAAGUUGUACAGCCUUGGGUUGAGAAAGGUCAAAAAGGGAAGCAACAGAUCGAUACAGACAUACAUAAAUAUCUAUUCAGUAUUUUAAGUGUAUAGUACACCAAGCACAUCCAGAAAAUUAUUGUGGGAUCGAUACAGACAUACAUAAAUAUCUAUUCAGUAUUUUUAUUGUAUAGUACACCAAGCACAGCCAGAAAAUUAUUGUGGCUGAUGAGGUGACCAGGGGGUUUCCAUUAUAACCCAAUGCUAGUUUAUUUAGUGGUAGUGGAAAAACUAAAGCGAUUGCAGUGGAUCUGAGUGCGUUACAGCUACAAUUGAGAGAUUGGCAUAAUGGUAGACAUCCAUGCAUGAUUGGUAGACAUCCAUAAGUUGACACAAGAAGACAGUUUUGAAAAGGAGAGAGACUUUGAGGUAGGUUUUUUGUACUUUGAUGUGGCGAUUAAUUAGAUGGGUAUAUCCUUUCAAUUUUACAAAUUUUAUUCUGGGAAGUGGUUUCAGAGAAUCCUUCCGGAAUUUCAAUGCUGGCACCAGUCAAAUCCACUCGCAAUUUUCUUUAGUUACUCGAUUAGAAUAAGCAAAUUAUGUAAAUGAUAUACUUUUGUCUUGUACUAAUUUUUUUUCCUUUUCUGCCCAUUCUUGAUCAAGAAGAUGUCCGAAAGAGGAAUAUUUAUUUGUUUUUGUGUGGAACAUUUUUGGGAUACCAGGGUGUACGGGUCCAUUGUGUGAUCAAGUAAUUAAUUUUGUAUUGGAAUAUUUGAUAGAUGAUACUCAACAUGUUUUUUCCGACUAGUGUUUAUGGGACUAGCAUAUUGGAAACUCCUGAAA